GAACACAAUCUCCAGGUGUAGGCCUAUCAAUCACCAUUCAGUUCUCGUAUACGUUUUUACCUGACCCCGUUUGAUAAGAGCUGUUGAAGCGACUGGUAUUCAUGCCGGCCCUACACCCCGUGUCAUGGGUCAAACAGUAGGAAAGUAGCACCUGGGUAGAACACACCUAUCUCUCGGCACCUUGUAAUUGUAAAUCGCAGCGUCGGACAGUCGCACUGGUUUAUUUGGACUACCCUCGACAGACGGGAAAUAACGGGAUUUUCCCUGGUAGCGAGAGAAAGAUUUGAAUUGCUGACAUCAUUAGCCGACUAACAGACCUGAUGGUCACGUGAUGUGAUUAGACGAUGCGGCAGACGACAUCAACGAUCUUUCUGCACGCGCUGUCCAGUUUUAACAUCAUCCUCAUCUGUCUCGCCAACAAUGGAAGCACAUUCUGCGACCAUGUACAGUGCAAGAACAAUAGUCCCUGUCGGACCACGACCCUGUCUCACAAGAAGGGCGGAAGUGACGUAUCGGCCGAGUGCGUGUGUCACGGCAAAUGGACUGGUCCUCGUUGCGAAUCACUCAUACACUUGACGCCGCGUAAUGUCCAUGGAAACAAUGUGGAACUAGAAAUCAACGCGGGUCCAAAGUCCAGCGACAGCUCGAAACAUGUUGGUUACUCGAGAUUUACGCUGCUCUACUGGACCAACAGCUCGGACGACUCGUGCGUCAUGAUACAGGAACUGACGUCACUCGUCAAACGGAUUGAUGGACUGCUGCCCAACACACAGUACACAUUUUGUGUUGAGAGCGGAACAGUCGAUUCGUGUUUUCCCGCGUUUCAUAACGAGACUGUAAUGACGCCCAACUGUUUCUCUUUAACAACUGGCACACGGACACUCGCUCGCCCCUCGCGGCAGUUCAACACUUCGGCCAUUGUCGGAACAGUGGUUAUCGUGAUUUUAGUGAUUAUUAUACUCGUUGCAGCGGUGCUCAUACGAAGAAGACAUUUUAUUUUCUUUGAUAAUUUAUUUGGACUAUGCAGGUGUUCUUGUUGCUAUAGUUUUUCGAAGAGACGUUCGCGAUCACCACGCCACACAGCGGCCACAGAUCUGAUUGUUUCCCCCGACUCUCCGCUCGUUAUGGCGCCAAAACACGACUUCUCGACGUCCAGGCCGGGGAAACCAAAGCUAAGACUGAGUAAAAGUGUUUGGGGCUACACUUCCUACAAGGCAAAGAAUAACAAGAAUAUGGUUUUAACGACAGUGCUAGAAUACCCACAUAACGAAGUAGAAGACAGGGUUUUAAUGGAAAAUGUAUGUUUAUUCGACUUAUCUUGAUGAACGUCACUGCGUUUCUCUGUUAGCAAGUGGUUUUCUCGUGGCUUAUCAUGGGCUGUUUUAUUUAGAUAAUCAUCCUAUUUGCGGACAUUUUAAUAUCUCAGUUGUGUUUUGGUGUCUCAGAAAUCCUACAAUAUUUUUCUACUGACAUUCUGUUUUGCAGAAUAAUGCAUUGCGUUUCAAAUCUACUUAAUAUUAUCAAUAAUAUUCAUAGAAUCUACAAAAUAUAUGAUUUCUAAGAUACUAUUUAACUAAGGUUCAAACGAUAUUACAUUUAGGCUACUGAUUCUAAAAUAAUUAUCCUACGAUAUUACAAAAUUAAAAUGCUACAAACGAUUCCUAAGAUGCGACACAAACUAGGCCUACAGUCUCAGAUAUUAUAAAACUACAGUUAUUAAACUGCAAAACAAUGCUUCCCAACUACGGCUUCUAACAUGGUACAAAACCAUGGUUCUUGGAUACUGCAAAAAAAAAAAAAAAACCCACCCUGCAGCUCUUUAAAAGUGUGAGCGACAGCGAUCUGUAGUAACAACGCUAUGUUCAAUGGUCUUGGUGAAACGCCUCUAUGACGCGACUACUAGGCUACUUUUUAAAACCACAUUGCUCCCGCUUUCUAGAUAAACAAACCAUAGAGAAGUUUAAGGAUCCGCGCUGCCUGUAGCACAAAUAACUGCGGGGCCCUCUUUCCAGGGUAUAUAUUUUUGGAACCCCCUCGGGGAGAGGGGAAAAAAUAAUCUGGGAAAAAUAAAUGUACACAUCACCGCGGGGCCCCUGAAGCGCGGGGACCGUAGCACGUGCUAUCUGUACUACUAGGAUAAACCGGCUCUGAUAAACCGCGUACGGGUUUGUAUAUUACCAAAGCUUCAGUUGCUCAGAUAUUGCCAAAUAUGCACAACCUGCCCUCAUGACAUAUUUUCGCUGACUGGGGCAUAUUUCAGUCCGUGGAUGUCCCAUAAUGCCUUGUAACAGUUUGUAGCAAUCUUUUGGUUGUAUAUUUUGUGUUUAUUUUUUAUUAUUAUUAAAUUACAAUAGUAAGUGCAAUACUAAAGCGUACUGUUGUCUUGAAAACAGAAACGUAUCCUUUGAAAUUAGUCAAAUGCAAUACUGAUACGAGUUCGUUAUUUACAGCUUGGAGCCAGAAUUUGAUUUUAUUUUCAUUCAGGCAAUACCUUUAUUACGACUGAAUACGUGAAUAAAACUAAAUUAUAUACCAGACUAAACAAGGUUACUUUAAAACAUUAUUACGUUAUAUUUAUAAAUUAAAAAUAGAUAAGCCAAGCUUCUUUCAUUUCGAUAUGUUGUAAUAUCAUCCUAGAAGUACACGUUUGUUAGAAGAACAGUAAAAGGUGUAUGUUUGUAUCAAACAGCGACACCAUGUUUUGUUUCUUCGAUGUCGGUAACUGGAUUCCAAGAGAUUUUAUUCAGCUCUGCGUUCAAUAGGACAUGCCAUUACGAAUUGCUCGCCGUGACUAACCUAAAAUAAAUGGCUUGGCAGUUCAAAAAGAACAAAAGUACUCUCCAGAUAGAGAAAAGGCAUUUGUGACUUGUUUCAUAUUUUGUCUUGAGGGUACAAUUGCCCUUAUUGCACCUCUGCUGGGUACGACUCUGCAAGCCUCAUUAGUGGGUGCUUGGUUCCAAACUUGUGUACUGAACGCAGGACUAAUGUUGAAUCUAAAUAGAUCAAUGUAUUUUUCCCUCCACAUCCUGAGUUAAAAUCUCGCAUUCACCAUGUAUGAUGUAUUUUUAAUUACUCCUGUCAACACACCCAAAUAAGAAAUACAUUAAUUUUACAGAAAAUUAUUGUUAAAUAUUUUGGAGAGAAUAUUUAUACAUGAAUAAUUAUUUGUUUAGGGUAUACUGACCUAAAAUGAAUGUUCUUGUUGUGAAAUGUAUAAUUAUUAAAAAAUUGUUAAAAUCG